AGAAACUGAGAGAAACUGAGAGAAACUGAGAGAAACUGAGAGAAACUGAGAGAAACUGAGAGAAACUGAGAGAAACUGAGAGAAACUGAGAGAAACUGAGAGAAACUGAGAGAAACUGAGAGAAACUGAGAGAAACUGAGAGAAACUGAGAGAAACUGAGAGAAACUGAGAGAAACCGAGAGAAACUGAAAGAAACUAAGAAAAAUUGAGAGAAACUGACAGAAACUAAGAGAAAUUGAGAGAAACUAAGAGAAACUGACAGACACUAACGAAAUCCAGAAUGCAGUAACAAACAAACGAUCUCUUGUGUCUGCUUAAAUAUGAAAGAAGUGUUUGACAAUACGCCAUAUGAAUCUUUCAAAAGAGCAGUCACAUACAGAUGAGUAGAUGGUGCCAAAAAUAGAUGGAUGGCUCAGCUUAUAUCUAAGGGAACUACGGGAAUACAAAUAGAAGAGAACACGAUCAAAAAAUGACCACAAACAAGGAGGAAUUUUGUUCUCACUAAUGUGGAGCCUAACCGUAAAUAAACUGUGAAAGUUAACUGACUACGGCAAGUUCUGUCAAAGUUAUAACAAUAACAUAGUAUUAUUUGCUAGAUGUUGUGUAUUCAAUGGAGGACAUUUUUGUCAAACAUAAAACUAUAUUUUUAUUUGAAUACCAGAAAAAUAUUUCACAAAACUACAUGACAUGACUGUGUUGACUUAUAUCAAUUAUGUCGUCAGCCAUUGCAUGUUAACACCUUUGACUAACUACCAACUACAGUUUAAAGAAUUUAUAAUAUAUUCUUUAAACAUUGACUAGACUAACAAAUUAUAACAAAGGGCAAGUUUGAAAAUAUCCUGGUUUUGUGGCUGGUUAUCGGAAAACAUUUUAAGGAAUUUUAAAUGUUUAAAUAAACCUAUAGUUUGAUAAUUAGUAAUCCCAAAAUAGGUAUAUGCUAUAAUAACCUUUGAUAAAAUGACAUAUCUAGAAGAUACUACAGAUUAUUCAUAAUUUUGGUUUGAUUAGUGAAUCUAAUAUCUUAAAUAAACUGUCAUACAUCAGCUUAAAACUAGAGAUAUUUAGAUAAAUUUGUGUUCUUAAAGACUUAUUUAUAAUCUUCAAUGAGUCAAGAACAGUCUUUGGUAAUAAUUUGAUUAGUUGAAAGCUAAAAAAAUUCCUGAUAAGGUAUAUUGAAAAUUAUGAAUUACUAAAGCCAACACUGUCGACUUCUAAACACUUUUAGUCUCCACUAAUCGGUCCAUUUCAAACACAGCACUCUAGAUUUAAUAUUUUAAAUCUUAGCGGUACGUAUAUCCAAAAUAAUGGAGAAUACUUUUUCGUUUGUUUUUUCUUUUAUGGCUAUGUCAGGCACAAACAUAACUAAUACUUUUCAACCUAUGAGAGACAAUGUUCACAUUCCUUCAAUGGGUUUUAGUGCUGUUACGAACGGAACAGAUCUACCAGCUGCUCUAAACAAAGCCCUUGAAGUGGGUUACCGCCACAUUGAUACCUCCUCUUUAUAUGGAAACGAAGACAUCAUUGGUAGCGUUGUAAAAAACUGGACAAAAUCAAAAAAACUAAACAGAAAAGAUCUAUUUAUUACCACAAAACUACAUCCCUUAGAUAUGGAUCCUGAUAAAAUCGAGGGUGCUUUAAAUGUAUCGUUAGCAAAACUGCAGUUGAAAUAUGUAGAUUCGUAUGUAAUAGAUAUGCCAUUGGGUUUGAAAAUAGGAGAAGAUGGUGAAUUUGAAGUUGGUCCUCCUGUCAAUCUCAUGGCCAUAUGGAGGAAAAUGGAGGAUCAAGUGAAAGCCAAACGAGCACGAUCGAUUGGCCUCAGAGAUUUCAAUAAAGAACAAAUUGAAGGAAUUCUGAGGAUUGCUAAAAUUCAACCAUCGAAUUUACACAUCGAAGUACAUCCAUACCAUCAAGAAAAAGAUCUACGUGCAUUUUGUAAGAAGAACAAUAUAGUAGUCGUUGGACAUGCUCCUUUGGGUCCAUUUAGAGAAGCGGAUACCUUUAUACCUCUUGGUCCGAAUGAGAAGGGCAUGGACACCCUGAACGAUCCAGACAUACUCAAUAUCGCAAAAAAAUAUAAAAAAACCCCCGCUCAAAUAAUUCUAAGAUAUUUGCAUCAGCUGCAAGUGGUUGUGUUACCAAGAACUUUGGAUACCACAAUGAUCGAAACCAAUUCCAAAAUUUUCAAAUUUAAUUUGUCAAUGAACGACACAAAAACAAUUGGAGUGUUGGAUAGAGGCACUUAUGGUAAAAUUUACGAUCUGCUUUAUUUAGCUCCUAAUAUUGAAGAGCAUCCUGAUUAUCCCUUCAAGAGAAUUAAAGAGAAACACCAGUAGAAUUAAAAUUAAUGUUUUUACCUUAAAAAUUGUUGUUUUUUUUAUUAUAUUUUGGUCUAUUAAAUUUAAAGAAAUAAAAUAUACAAUAAUAAAAUAUA